CACAUUGUAUGUAAAGGCACAGGAGGACAGCCUGGUACUGGUACUUUAACACACACAUAAACUCUACAUACUCACAGCAAAAAAGAUGGCAGUUUUACUUGGUAAUUACACAAUACCUUUACUUGGAGUCAGCAUCUUCAUUGCUACUCUGACCUACAUCACUUACAAGCUGCUCAGCGAUUACCUGCACAAAUGGUUUGAGAUGAAGCCUAUUCCAGAGAUUGAAGGGACGUAUCUCUUCAUUGGAAAUGCACUGCAGUUCAAAACCAAUGCAGGAGAUUUCUUUCGUCAAAUUGAGGAUUAUACCCGUGAGUUCUGUGAUUCACCACUGCUUAAACUCUGGGUUGGACCAGUUCCAUUUGUGGUUCUGUUUCAUGCUGAAACUGUUGAGACGGUUCUGACCAACCCUGUUCAUAUGGACAAAGCCUAUGUAUACAACUUCCUCCACCCUUGGCUUGGAACUGGCCUUCUUACCAGUACUGGGCCUAAGUGGCGUCAGCGGAGAAAGAUGUUGACUCCCACCUUCCACUUCUCCAUCCUGACGGACUUCUUGGAAGUGAUGAACGAGCAGGCAGAGAUCCUGGUGGAGAAGCUGGAGAAGCAGGCAGGGAAGGGUCCGUUCAACUGCUUCAGUCACAUUACCCUGUGUGCCCUGGACAUUAUCUGUGAAACUGCAAUGGGAAAGAAAAUGAAUGCCCAGAGUAAUUCUGAUUCAGACUAUGUUAAGAGCGUGUACAAAAUGAGUGACAUUCUCAGCCGCAGACAGAGGACACCUUGGUUUUGGCCUGACUUUGUGUACAACUACUUUGGGGAGGGCUUGGAGCAUGACAAGACACUCAAGAUCCUACACUCAUUUACGUAUAAUGUGAUACAGGAAAGAACAGAGAACAUUUCCCAUUCUGAAUCAGACUACAACUCUGACCACGACACAAAGAAAAGACGAGCAUUUCUGGACAUGCUCUUAAAGACCACAGAUGAAGAUGGCAACAGGAUGAGCCAUCAGGACAUUCAGGAGGAAGUGGACACCUUUAUGUUUAGGGGACAUGAUACUACAGCAGCCUCUCUGAAUUGGACCCUGCAUCUGCUGGGCUCCCACCCUGAGGCGCACAGCAAAGUUCAACAAGAGCUUCAGGAGGUGCUCGGUACAUCUGACCGGCCUGUUAAUACAGAGGACCUGAAGAAGCUCAAAUACCUGGAGUGUGUAAUCAAGGAAGCCCUGCGACUAUUUCCCUCUGUGCCUUUCUUUGCCCGCAGCAUCGGUGAAGACUGCCAUAUCAAUGGUUUCAAGGUGCCCAAAGGUGCCAAUGCCAUCAUCAUUACCUACGCUCUCCAUCGUGACCCACGAUACUUCCCUGAGCCCGAGGAGUUUAGGCCUGAACGCUUUCUGCCUGAGAAUUCAGCAGGAAGGCCUCCAUACGCAUACAUCCCCUUCUCCGCUGGACUCCGCAACUGUAUCGGUCAGCGUUUUGCACUAAUGGAAGAAAAGGUGAUCUUGGCGUCCAUUCUGCAUAACUUUAACGUUGAAGCUUGUCAGAAACGUGAAGAGCUGCGGCCGGUAGGAGAGCUCAUCCUGCGACCAGAGAAGGGCAUCUGGAUCAAACUGGAAAAGAGGAAACCCCAGACUUCAUCCAACUAGCACCGCUAGUUCACCAAAUUCAUCCUUCUUUAUUUACAGUACAUCCUUCCCACUUCUAAUGCUGGUGGAUACUGUAAUGUUUUUUAAAUAUCUUUGAGAGGUCAGGGAGAGUAGUGACCUUGGUGUUUGGAUUUUAGAAUUUUCUCAUCAUCAUAAACAACAUAAAUACAUAAAGUAAGCCUUAGAAAAAUAAACUGAGAAAUUAGAAAUAGCUACAUGAUGCUGUAUUCUGGGUCUGUAUAUCAACAGCUGUUGAAUGUUUUAACACGAAAAAUAGCUAAAAAUAUGUUAUUUAAUUUUACGUAUUAAAAUCCUAUAAACAGCUAAGCAAUGACAGCAUUUGCAAAUUAAAUGAAAAGCAUUAUAAAACAUAAUUUGCAGAGUAGGUGUGUAUAACUUUUAGAAAAUUAACUUGUCAUUUGAAAACACAUUAUUGAUUAUUAACUGGAUGAAAAUGAGUUAGAUGUGGUACUGCACAUCCAUUUUCUAGGUCACAUGCUUUUUUAAGAAAAAGAACAUAUACUGUCCAUGGAACAAUCCGUACACAAUCUGCAACUAUUUUAUGUCCUUUUUUAGUGGGAUUUCUGUUUUUUUAUUUUGUUAAUAGCCACAGUUCUAUAGGAAACAAAUAGUAUGGGAAAAAAACAAGCUUGAAAUGCUUAGGAUGUUUUAUUUUUCGAUUCUCUUUGUAGAACGAGUGAAUGAUAUAUGGAUAAAUAUGAGAUUUUAUACAUGUUUUGUGGUAUUAGCUGGUAAUGAAAUGUCUGAACCCUCUAACUCAGAGGUGCAGAACAGGGCUUAAUAACAAACACUUUUACAUAUUCAUUACAUUUACAAACACCACAACAAAGAUAAGCCUUUCAUUUGUGCAGCAUUUCCUCUGAAUGUUAAUUUUCAAAUCCCUAGCUGCAGUUUUCCCGCUGUAUGACCCCAUACUCCUAACGUUUGUUUAUUACUGUAUGUUUGGUAGAUCAUCUAUUUUGUGUAUCUUUUCUUUCUUUUUUCUUGUGUAAGUCUAACUGGGAAGGGCAGUUUGUGUAACUGAGGUGUAAUGUUGAAAAUUAUUAUAUUCCACAAUAUCAA